GUGGAUGACUGCGCCUCUCAGGCUUCACCCGCAUUAUUUUCAGCUCCCCUUGCUCUCUGGGCUUCAUAGGGAGGAGGGGCUGGAGCCCUGGCCCACAGUUAGGACAAUGAUCCUCAGGCUGUUCCUGGCUCUCAACUUCUUCCCCUCCAUUCAAGCAACAGCAGAAAACAAGAUUUUUGUGAAGCAGGCGCCGAUGCUCGUGGCGUAUAACAACGCAGUAAACCUUAGCUGCGAAUAUACUAACAACCUCUUCUCAAAAGAAUUCCAAGCCGCCCUUUAUAAGGGAGUGGAUAGUGACGUGGAAGUCUGUGUUGUGAAUGGGAAUUACUCCCUUCAGCCUCAGUUUCACUCAAAUACGGGAUUCAACUGUGAUGGGAAACUGGGCAACGAAACAGUGACAUUUUAUCUCUGGAAUCUGUACGUUAACCAAACGGACAUUUACUUCUGCAAAAUCGAGGUCAUGUAUCCUCCUCCUUACAUACUCAACGAGAAGAACAAUGGAACCAUUAUCCACGUGAAAGAGACACAUAUUUGUCCAGCUCCCCCGUCUACUGAAUCUUCUAAGCCCUUCUGGGCACUGGUGGUGGUUAAUGGAGCCCUGGCUUUCUAUAGCUUGGUAAUAACAGUGGCCCUUUGUAUUUGCUGGACUCUGGAUGAACUGAGGGUCUUCUCUGAUUAAUUAUGGAAAAACAACUUGUUAAGAAAAUGGCUAAUCUAAGAAGAUUGCAAGGAGGAUGCUUGACCUAUUCAAAGGAGCAAAGGUUUUCAAGUGUAUUUACAUAUCAACAAUGGAUAUAUUAAUUAGAUUUAUCAACAAUGAUUAUAUAUUUCUGGAAUUUGGAUCAAAUGACUGCAUUGAGAAUAAUAUGAGUGCAUUUCUCUAAAUAUUUCCUUCGAUUCAGCUUUUUAAAGUUAAUUUAGAAGAGUCGGAAUUAAUUCAGUUGGAUUAGUCAUUGUCCAAGUUCAAGGUGCUCAAGGAAUGAUGGUGUUCAGUUUCAUUUGAUAGCUGAUGUUCUGAAUAGUUGCUCCCAAAGUAGGCUUUUAAUUUUAAUUUUUGUGUGUCUUAGGACACCUCCCAAUACUUCUCCAUCUAUGUCCCCAACCCCUUCCACAUUGACACUUCUCUUUUUGACAGAUGAAGAAUAAGAGGAGCAGGAUCCUUCAGAGUGACUACAUGAACAUGACCCCUCGAAGGCCUGGACCCACCCGCAAACACUACCAACCUUAUGCCCCUGCGCGUGACUUUGCAGCCUACCGCUCCUGACACAGACACCUAUCCAGAUGUGAGCCGGCUGCUGCCUCUUCAUCUGUUCAACACCACUGAUCUGGAUAGGAAAGGACUGCCUCUGUCUUCAGCCGGCGAUCUCGGGCCCCUGUUAGGCCACCGAUGCCAAUUUUCUUGGGUGACCGACUAGACUAAAUAUCAAGAUGAUUUUGAUACUCUGAAAUGAAGUUGAAGAAAAUUACUGUGGCAGGUACCUUGCAGUGCCAUGAUCCAAAUUCAAACUUAGCAAGUAUUUAUUGACUUGAUUGAGAUAUUAAGGUAGAAAACAACAAGUGAGUGGAUUCUGUUGCCUUGAAAUCUGCUUCCAAGCUGCUGGUCGAGCCCUGUUCCAUUCUCACUCACCUGCUCAUCGCAAUCAAGUGAAGUGUGAUGACCAAAAACUUCCUAGAGAAGAAAGGCUAGAAAAUCAUCCCAUUCCCAGUUGCUUUUGAGUUGAUUUUGACUCAUGGUGAUCUCUUGAGUGUCAGAGUAGAGCUUUGCUCCAUAGGGUUUUCAAUGGCUGAUUUUUCAUAGUUCACCAGGUCUUUCUUCCAAGGUGCCUCUGGGUGGACUUGAACUGCCAACAUUUCAGUUAGCAGCAAAGUGAACCUGUUAACCAUUUGUAUUACCCAGGGACUCCUAGAAAAUCAUCCCUGUUGGUUAAAUGGGUGUGCAGAGUGGGGGUAGGUUAGAGUGGGGAAGGUAGGGAGACGGUGAGACUUAAAAUGUUUUUAAACCAUCAAAACACGGUCUCUCAUUCAUGAAAUGAGCCACUUAGUUCCUAUUUAAUGUUGUUUUCCUUUUAGUUUAGAAAGAUGUAGACUUUGUCUUUGAUGAAUUCUGACCACAUUUAGUCAUUUUGACCAAUGGAAUCCCCUCAUAUCUAGAACAAACAGAUAUGCUUUCCUCACUGCCUGUGAUGGAAAUUCUGUUUAAUUGUCACAAUAUUGUUUAAAAAGAAUAAAGUAGUCCUCCACACAAAGGAAGAGUGUGUGUCAGGAAAUAAGGUCACUUUUUAUCAAAAUUAUUUGAAUAAAAUAAAGGAUUAUUUACUUAGUAGCUCAUUUCAGUCAAAUCCUUUAGGGGGUUUUCUUUUCCAUAUAUUUCAGGUUUGAACAGCUGGUGUCUUUAAUGUAUGAGUGGAAAUCUGAAGUAGAAUGCUGAAAAAGCAUCCACAGGGGCAGGGAUGAUACUGUGAAAAAGAGAUGUUAGCAUUCAUUAGGGUAUAGGGGAGGAGCCCCAAGAAGCUUCUUUUGAAGGAGGCAGAACAGAAGGGAACGACAAGAUUCUUGCCAUGUGCUGAGGGGGUGGCUGCCAGCAGGUAGAAGUUGUCUGGAAGGCAGCAGACAGAAGAAGCCUGCCCCGGUGAGAACGCCGUUAGAGGAACUUUACGUAGUUUAGGGUUCAGAGGUUCAGACUCUGUGGGCUCAGCUGCCUGUUUACCCUGGAGGUCCAUUGACAUGGAAAAGUACUUUGGGUUUGUGUCACCUCUAAUAGGAGAGUAUCAAAGCUCUCAAGAGACCCUCCAAGGCCUAGUCCUGGAAUGGCCAUGGAUAAUUUUCUACCUCUGGUUUUGGGUCGACUGGAGCAUGCCAGGGGACCUGUAAGAAUGGACUCUCCUAGGUCAUUUACAAUUUGUUCAGUGCUUUGAUUUAUUCAGAUAUUGGAGGAGCCUACGGUUUUAGACUCAGGUAGAGCCUGUUCAAGUCCCUGGUCUGCCUUUUACUAGCUGAAUGGCCUCAGGCAAUUCACUGCCUCUUGAGAUUGUUUCUUUAGCUACAAAAAAUAGAUAAUGAUCAGAAAUGUCUGUUCCUAUACUAUGAGCUUCACGAGAACAUGGCUCAAGCCUGUCUUUUUCUCUGUUUGUCUCUGGCACUUAGCACCGUGUCUGGCUAUUAUAAUGUUAUAGCUGUUAUCAUUAAUGCCAUACAGAUAAAUUAUGCACAAAGGUGGGCAAUGACCUAAGAAGAGAAGGAAUAUUAAUACAAAUUUAAACCCACUACCCAGAGAUCAGGUGCUAUAGAAUAUAAGAACCUCUAAAAUUCUAUAAUGUUUCUGUUUCUUGGAAUAUUUUAACGUGUAAUGAAAUGUAAAGUAUUUUCCCCCAGUUUUAUGUAUAAAAAUUCUUUACUUUUUUAAUUUAAAGAAGGAAACUUCUUUAAUUUUUUUUUUUUAACGUGAGGAGAAGGGGAUGGUAAGAAUCUUACAAUUCCAGACAGAAAAUAUUGUAUUCUAGUUGAUUUUUAAAUGGGUUCCCGUUUCAUUAACUUAAUUAAUCCAUAAAAGGUCAAACUCAACAAUACUUGGAUGGUGAAGGACUGUUGAAUUUAUACUGGCACACAUGUCACAUUGCCAACCUCUUAGCACACAGAGUUCUUCAAUCCAAGUUAUGAAAUUGUAUUUGAAAAUGACAGAGCUGGAGAAUUUUAGAAAGGACAGCAACAAAAAAUAAAAAUAAAAAAUAAAAUGGAAAGAUAUGAUCUUUGAUAAUAAAUGGUUUUAUUUUGUGACUGGAAAUGGAGAUUAACUAAAGAUGAAUCACACUUGAGAUUUUUCUUACUCACUCUGAACAGAACCAAAGUAGAAAUGUUACAUAAGGAAGUCCAUUUUCACUAUUAGUAUGAACCAAGAAAUGGUUUAAAAAUGGUGGCUAGAGCAAUGUCUUUACAGUUUCAGAUACGGUACUUAUGAAAGAAAACAGUAUCAUUUUCUACUGCUAUGGUAAGAGUCUUAUAAUUAAUGAUAGCCCUGUAAUUUUUUAUUAUGAGCUUCCAUAUUUUGGGCUGAAUAUGCCAAUUUAAAGAGACCAAGUGUAUGUUAUGUUCUGUGUAUUCAGUGAUAAAAUUACUGAACUGUGGUUGGUGUGUUUUAAAAUUUGUGCCUUAAUAUUGUUUUUCAGAGCAAGAAUGCUUUAUUUUGGCAAUGAAUCUAGAGGUAACUAGCCAUUUGAAAGAAGUAUAAGCUAAAUCCUUUUCUCCAGUUUUGAGUAGGAUUGGGAAUGCUCUUUCCUCUAGUUUUAUCAGUUCCUUCAUCAGUUUUUCUCUUUGUUGUCUCUCACACAUGUUAUACAGUCUAGAAAAAACACAGACCUUGGAGUCAGAAGUCACAGAUUAAAAAAAUCUAGACUUUCAAAUAUUAGCUUCACUUCAAGCAAGGCACACUUCUAGUGACAAUUUGUUUGCUUGGCUACGGUCACAAUUUCUCAUCAGACCAAUGGUUUACCCCUCUGAGAUGUUGGACUGGACUUACCCAUGCAUUCUGUAUGAUGUGAACACUCUAUGAGACAGAGCAAACUUCAGCCUUGACGCUAUCAGCCCCUCGGGUUAACUAACUGAGCCACCAGUUAUCAUGGCUAUUAGAAUGGGUGUGUUGAUGGGCAAGUGGAUGUCUGAUCCCUCAUCCCAGCCUUUUGCACUGCUGGAUGGGAACCAUGGCAGGCCAAGGGAUUGAUCCCAGAGAGUAAAAUUUAACUAGACAUUGGAAGUUGGAGACGGUGCUAAUGAUGGACCUAGAACUAGGGUCAUCACUUCUACAGAUCUGUUACCGGCCCAGGCCAAAGACAGUGGCAUGGACUCUCUAAGGAACUCGGGCAGGAUGAGUCUUUGGCAUCUGCAAGGACAUUCAAGGCUCAGGAUCUCUCUCUCUCUCUCUCUCUCUCUCUCUCGUAAGUAUAUGCCUGCUUUUCUGACUGACAUAUUCCUCCUCAAACAGGACAGGUAUGUUCCCGCCUCAGAUCCUUUACAUGUACUAUUUCCUCUGCCUGGGAUGUGCUCCUCAGGUAUCUGCAUGGCUUGCUUCCUUACCUCCUCAGGUCCCUGCUCAAACGAUGCCUUGUACUCUAGUUAAGGAGCCCUGGUGGUGCAGUGGUUAAGUGCUCAGCUCCUAACCAAAAUGUCAGCAGUUCAGAUCCACCAGCCACUCCCUCAAAACCCCACUGGACAGUUCUACUCUGUCCUAUAGGGUUGCUAUGAGUCUGAAUCGACUUGAUGGCAAUGGGUUUGGUUUUGUUGUUUUUUUUGACUCUAGUUAAAGCCCUUCCCAUUCCACACUCCUUAUCUGCUUUCUUUGCUUGUUUUUCUCCAUAGAGUUUUCACUAUCUAUUACCUAGAUGUUUUCCUUAUUUGUUUAUUGGUUGUCUCUCCAACUGGAAUGUAAGCUCCAUGAGGGAAGGGACUUUUUCUGUUUUGUUUAUUGCUAUAGCCCCAGUGAUAUUUAUUGACUGAAAGAAUAAAUUUUAUAUGGCUUUAUCAAUGAAUGGCCAGGCUAAAUGUUCUAAUCACACUCUGAGAAGAAGAGGGCCUGUUUUGUUUCUCACUUUGCUAUUAAGGAGCUCAAACAUUAAUUUCAUUUGAAAAACAAGAGGUAAAACAUUACAUGCAGCCGAACCUGGUGAAAGAAAACCUGGUGGAUAUAUAUUCACUUCCAUUUUAGAAAUUUAUGUGCAAUGAGGAAAAUCAAAACUAUUACAAAGAAUAUCUUUAAAAGUCACGCUAAAUAAGCCACAGGCAGGAGUAAAUUGAUUUCCCAUUAAAGACCCCCAAAUUCCCUCUGAAUGGAGUAUUGACUGCAUUUCAAACACGUCUUUAGCCUAAGGCUUCUGAAAAAUGUUGCUUUUGUAGUUAUAGCCCUUUCCUGUUACUGAACUGCUGCUCUUUUUAAUGUGGUGAUUUUAGCCCAACAAAGUCUCUAAGUGCUUUGGCUCUGAUUCAGAAAGAGCUCGAAGAUGAGAAUACUGAAGACAGACAUCAUAACUGGGCACUCUAAUAGCUUGCAGUUCUUUAAAGUAAGAAUAACUACAGCAACAAACUAACUAACAAAGGUUGUGGCAUUUGGAGCAACUUGAAAAUUCAAAUCAGACAUAGUAACCAUUGCAUGUGUGUGCACACCCACACAAACAAACACACUCUCAUUUUGUAGGUAGGAGAAGGCCCUUGACCAACAGACCCAAGAGAGGCCUGGUGACUCACAAAGCAGCCCGUUUCCUUUACUACAGCUCGUACUGUGAGGGUGGCUUGAAGUCAAAUAGGUGUGCAACGAGUUCAUCUCCACACUGACUCCUCUUUGUUGAAAUAGAGUUCAUUAAAUUUAACAAAGUAACUAAAACUUGAAAAAUAUGGCCUUACAUGUCUUCUCCUACCUCAUGGGUCCAAUAAAACAAGUCAAAUCAAGUGGAAAGGGAUAAGAUUAGUAAAAAUCAGCUGCUAAAUGAAUCUGCUCAAUAAACUACUCCUUUCCUGGGCUAAUAAAAGUAGUGUAGCCUAGUUCUGUGAAAAGGCUCUAGGGCCAUGAAACUAAAAUGCAGUAUGAAAUAAAAUGCAAACUUCAGGGCUUCGCUUGACAGAAGUCUCACCAUGUUCUAACUACCUAACAACGCGAAUGGUGUAAUUGCCCCAGCCCUGUCUUCACGUCUUUUCUCCAGUCUGGUAAAAAUACAUUAUGAUUCAUUUUAAAAUAGUACCUUUCUCCCCUCUCAUCUUAUUUGGAACAGAGAUAAUGGGUAGGUGAGAAAACUCAAGGAAACUUCUGGAUCCAUAAUGGCAGCUGGACUGUCACACUAAGCAGCAGCAGGACUGUCUGGGAACUAUUUCAGAAUCCUGUUUGGAAACUUAGCUUCUCCAAGUAUCUACCUGUGCCUUUUAAACCAAGGCACUGCCUAAAUCUUGAUUUUUCAGCAGUGAGGCUCAGAGUAGUUUUGCCCUUCAAGAAAGCAUCUGAGUGGUUGGAUCGCUCCACUUUCUCUGAUUUGGUUUCCCAGAAGAAAGGCAUAGUUUCCCUUCCAAGAUUCACAGGCUCCUAGCACCUAGAAACCCAGACCUCUGUCCAGAGCAAAACCUGGCACACUUUCUCAGUUGGGCUUUUGUUCAUUUCAUCAUGUGGACACUGAGGCCCACACUUGAAAAACAUCUGGGAUGAAAUAUGGGUGACCCAAGAAUAUGUCAACUCUUCCAAGUUGAUCUCACUUUUGGUGCAACCCUAAGGGCUAGAUACGUGCUUUUGAAGACCAUUUCCCUAUCCUUGUCUCCUGUUUGAACUCUAUGAAAGGGCUGGGGAUGCCAGGAAUUUGAGGGGACAUAAAGUUGCAGAAAGGUGAAAUUAUCUCUGGCUAGAGGUGGAUUGGCUUCGACUUAGUUCAUUGGGCAGAGCUAUCUCAAUGACAGAUUUAAAUGCUUCUCUGGCUCCAAAGCAAAAAAUGUGAGAACUGGGUGGAAAUGUCAGUUGAGACAGAGGAGCAGCAAACAGCUUUGUUUCCCUACAGUUGUGGUUUUACAUGGUGAUGAUGACACACAAAGAUGAAAAUGUGCAGCAUGAACUCCAGUUCUUAUCUGAGCGAGCAUCUCUGCCAAGGCUGAAGGAUAUGUGUAGGUGUCACCUGCAAGCAAAGAGAGACAAAGAGAGAGAGAGAAAGAAAAAGAGGCCCUGUUUUCGGAAAGAAAAGCCCGUUAACCAGAGAUCAACAGCGACAAGUGGUGCUGUUUAUUUCAGUAGCUUUAUAUUCGAUUUCCUUCCCCUUGAUAAUCCCCAAGUCUGAAUUUAGUUUCUGGAAUAUGUAAGCGUCUGGUGACUAAGGAGGAGGUGGAAAAGGUGGGCUUGAAUGUUCUCUGGCAGCUACCAUAGUUAUUUAAAUCAUUUCUUCAGUCUCCUUGGCACAUGCUUAGCAUUUGGGUAUGUCAGCUUCCAAAGUGUAGAUUUUUGCUAACUUUUGGGGACGGUGACUCAAGGGUAGACAGACUUGAGGUUGUUGUUCAGACCUGUCUUCACUCCAAACCCUGUAUAACUCUUGCUUCACUUAUUUGGUGUUUCUUCCUCCUGCCUUCCUCUUCAUUCAUUCAGUGACUAUUUAAUGAGCUCAUACCCAGCUUAGGAAGUGGGCUAGGUACUGGGGAUGUGGCAGUGAGCAACACAGACAUUAUCUCCAUACUUACCAAGUGUAGAGUGUUUACUUUUGUAUACUCUUUCACUUUUUUUUUUUUUCCUGCUCAUACCCUGCUUCUCACGGUGAUCACUUAGUCUUGAUUGGAGUACUUAGACCUUAAUUUGGCGAUUUGAUAGCCUUUACCUUGUUGAGUUGCCUGGAAUUUAUUUUUUUUGGUAUGUUCUUAUUUAACAUCUCUGGUACUCUUAAUGUCGUAAGCCAGAGUUCAACAAGUUUUUUUCUGUAAAGGGCCAGAUAGUAAGUAUUUUAGACUUUGCGCUCCACGUGGUCUCUGUUGUGGUACUCAGCUCUGCUGUGGUAGUGCGAAAGCAGCCAGAGACAAUACAUCAACAAAUGAACAUCUCUGCAUUCCAAUAAAACUUUAUUUGCAGACACAUUUGAAUUUCAGAUAAUUUUCACACGUCAUGCAAUAUUAUUAUUCUUUGUUUUCUUUUCUGACCAUUUAAAAACUAUAAAAGUAAUUUUUAGUUCAUGGGCUGUACAAAAAUAAAUGAUGGGGGAGGGGGCUGGGUUUGGCCUGCAAGCUGUUUGCUGACCCCUGUCUUAGACUUAAGCCACAAUUUUAGGAGGGCAAACGUUUCUUUGAUUUCCAGCCGCAGUGUACAUUUUUAGGGCUGGAAGGAAUCAGUUUGGAUGUGCAUUAAGGUUUCCUGGGAGUGGUAAGUGUUUGAAAGAAGGACAUGGAUCAUUAAAGAAGAAGGAAGAAGAAACUUCAUAUUAGGGAAAACCAUAUGGGUAGCAGAAAUGGAAUGUUAUAAGUAAAGGAGAUCAGAAGCUGUUUUGUGACAAUAGAGUUCCUUGUAUAAUAUUGUUAAAAGUCUGAAGACUUUAGAAAUUAUGGUUACUUGUUUCUCAAGUCCUUCUUGGCCUUCCUCUUCUUCUCUAGGCAUCAAAAUCCUUGUAAUCUCCAAGGAAACAAAGUAAACAUCUAGUCACAGUAGGCAGGGGCCAGAAAAUGGCCUGUGUGCUUUGUCACGAACAGGAGUACUUUCCUUGCUAAUUCUUCCAAACAUAGCAUGCCCAAUAUCCAAUUUGGGGUGGGUGGAGCAGAGAUCAGAACCAGCUGUCUCAGAAUUGUCCUCUACUUUUGAUUCAUUUCACUUUUUCGAUUUGUACUUGGCUGCCAUUUCAUGGGUGACCAAGAGUGAUCCCUGCCUCCCAAUUUUACUCAGAUCAGGGCGGCACUGACCAGAUCCUUACCAUUUCUUACCAUCAUUCCCUACUCCCAUCAGUAGUGCUGGUUACUACCAAGUUACAAAUAAGACCCUGGAAGAAGGCCAGCGUAUGGGGGCACCCUAAGACACACACCCAUUCACACCAUUUGGGCAAUUUAAAAAUGGGGUCAAAUGUAGCAUCUAGCCUGGUCAGUCCAGCCAAGAUCAGAAAAUUUCCUCUAAAAAGUCAGAUGAUUAAGGUUAUUGUGCCAACAGCCCAGGAUGUGAGUAAUGAAAAAAGCUUGGGCAGAAUGGAUUUAUUCUGACUUUCUACGUGGCAAUCAAAUUCUGGGUCUGAGAUGUUUCUUCUCCAGCCUGCAGGGCCGCUGUGCACAGUUGUGCAUUGUUAGGCAUUGUAUCUCCUGCACAAAGGCCCCUAGUCAAGGAGGUAGAUGGGGCUGAAAUACACUCAGGCUCACCUUGGCAAGUUAUGCACCUGCAAAGCUAUGGCCACCUGGAGAGAGUGACUUUCUCUAAUGUCCCCACACUCUGGCCCUGCCAGAAUGCUUGCUUUUCUGCCACUUGAUUACUGAUAUUCCUAGCAAGUUAUAUACCCAUUAUCAAAACAGAAACUGUCUAGAAUGAACAGUAAGUAACACAAAAUGCAACCAAAAAAAAAAA